ACCACAAAUUAAAACUAAAAGGCCAGGCCAGGGCCAAGACAAGACAAAAAUGUCUGCUCAGGAGAUUGUUGAAUGUGGAGUAGUCCCUGUUUCAUGUUAUUCUUGGCGUGAUUUGUCAAAGUUGUCUUCCUAAGUUAACCUAACAGGAUGUUUCCGCCUGGAAAACCAGGCAGUUCAAGAUUUUCUGAGAGUGCCAGCAAUAGACCAUGGCGAGACAUUAAUGCUGAAGAUUCUAAUACAGACGAACAGGACGAUCCCUCUGCUAUCCAACAUGUUAAAGCUGUUGAUGAACUAUCAACGUUCCGAGCACAAUGGAAAAGAGAACUUAAAAGCUCUCCUGAACACCAGCCCCAACAAUCCCUGACACAGAGAGAGUCCAGUGCUCCUUCAGAGACAGUUCCUGAAACCACUGAGGAUCAGGCUAGAGCUCUUUUUUUAAAAGGAAUUCAACAUGAGCAGGACGGUAAAUUGUAUGAAGCAGUCAAGUUCUAUCGUCGGGCUGUGCAACUUGUACCUGAUAUUGAAACUCGAUUGUAUGAAGCAACCAAGUCCAAGACAACUCCAGUGGAAGUUCAUUUAGAGUCACUUACAUUGGAUGAUACUUCAGCUGAAAGUGAGACAGUAGAUGAGGCUGAAGAAGAUGAUGACUUACUUGUGCGUUUUCAACGCAUUCUCUUGAGGGAUCAGGCUGUGUGUCACCCUGAAUCACUUCAAAGUGGUACUCACAUUUCUUCCUUGCCAAUGGAAAUUUUACUAUACAUCUUUAAGUGGGUUGUUUCAUCAGAAUUAGAUGUACGCCUUUUAGAUCUCUCCUGUUCUGCUGUCUGCAGAGGAUUUUACCUUGCAGCUCGAGACCCAGAGAUUUGGCGACUUGUUUGUGUCAGAGUUUGGGGUGUGAAUUGCGGUGGUCUGAGUAAUUUUGAGUCAUGGCGUCAAAUGUUCAUUGAAAGGCCACACAUUUAUUUUCAUGGGUGUUACAUCAGCAAGACAACUUAUAUUCGCCAUGGUGAAAAUAGCUUCCAGGACCAAUUCUAUCGACCAUGGCAUAUUGUAGAAUAUUUCCGAUACCUUAGAUUUUUUCCAGAUGGCUUAGUGUUGAUGUUGACAACACCUGAAGAUCCCCCAGUGAGUCUCAAAGAAUUGAAGCACCGGAAUCCACGAAAUUCUACAGUUUUACGGGGGCAUUACAGAUUACAUGAUGAUCAUGUGACAAUUGUGUUAAAAAGGGAUCCAGAAAAAGGUUCCAGCACUAAUAACAAAAUUCGCAAUCAGAAGCGGAGAGAUAAUGCUCUAUGGACAGAACCAAGCGAGCAAACUUUUCAUCUGGAACUCCAAAUUGGCUCACAUCGUUCCCACCGUCAUGUUCAACUACAUUGGCAAUGCUACUCAGUCAUUACUCACCGUGGGUCAACAGAAAGUUCCACAAAUUUUGACUUAAUUAGUGGAAGGUUUCCACCAUUCCAUUUCUCUCGUGUAAAAAGUUACACAGCUGAGUCCGAAAACAUUUUGCAGUGAUUUAGAGUAGCGCAGUUAACACUUUGCACUUGUACUGGUUUUCAAAACAUCUUUAUAUUUUUUCUUUUUUAUUUUAGAUGGAACACCCACUAGUACUUUUCUUAAAAUGUUCUCUAUCACUGAUUAAAACUAAAAGUACAUUUUUUAUUGCUUUCCUAUAAAUUGUCAAAUGCUAAGCUUGACUAUUAUGAAGCCAUUCUAUUUUUCCCUCUUUAGUUUUCUACUUGAAGAGAGUGCUACAUUGUUCAGAUGUGUUACUUAUUUCUAGUUGGCCUGGAGCCAGAUGUGAUUUGUAAAUAUGUAUAAAGAUGAGUUAAAGUUAAAAAAGAAAAAAAUUGUGUCUUGUGAUGGUUAAAUCAUGGACUGUUAAAACAUGUUGUCUUGUAAAUAUUAAAGACUGUUCAUAUGCGAAAGACUA